CUCAGCACGAACAGCAGGCAUAAAGACUACAAGCAGCCUGCAGGCUGCCUUUGGAAAAUAACAAUCGUGAAUUAUAGAGAAAUGUCCCUAUGUGACCUAAUGUUGGAGAGCUCUUUGAGUUACAGAUGACAGGUUUGCACGCAAGCGGUUUCAUAUCGUUCCAUAGCAGUUGUCAAAGCGAAUCUGAAGUGGGCACUCACCCAUUUCGAUUGACUUUAUCGAGUACUCAAUGCGAUGUAGAUAUGAUUGGGAAAAAUAUUGAUUCGGUCGAUAAACGUUCUGGCACGCAUGUGUUUCACUUCCCAAGCCAUAACACGGAAGUGGGGGUUGUUAAAAAUCAACAGUACUGUGUGAACGGCAACAAUUGCCCGCGGAAGCACAACUGGAAAGCCUUCAUCAUGGUGCUGCUGACAGGCUCGUUUUUGUGGUGCUGGUUGUUGUUCGUCGCCUUACCAACGCUUUGGAAGGCUGAAGUUGUGGAUGCAGUCGCCGAGCCCGAUCGGAGAGAGAAGCUUGCACGCCACGGGAGCCUGACCGGGGACACGCAAGAGCUAAGCCCCGUGGAGCACCGCCUGGCAGCCCUGGAAAACACGGUGACCGGACUCCAAUCUCGUACUCUAGAACUCGAGCAACGUAACCGUGACCUGGAACUCGCGGUGAUACUCGGAUGCGACAAGCCUCAACAUGGGGGAGGAAAGGAGCUGGAGGAACUAGUGGAGCAACUAGAGAGAGGCUUGGCGUUUCUGUUUCCGGAUUUCACGGAGGUGACACAGCAUCUCAACCCGGAGGAGAGGAGCGCCAAGGCGCGCGUGGAGGUACUCCGGGAUUAUCUGAGCAACAGGGCUGCGGAGCUUGCUGCUCUAAGACCGGACCGAGUGGACCCCAAGCCGGCUGAUGAUGACGGGGACGCGGUGCCAGAUUUCGGGAUGAUCGGCCUGGCUCUGCAGCAGCUAAGCAACCAGAACGCUGAGUUGAGGAAGAAGGUGGAGGAACUGAACCAGCGAGUGGGCGUGUCUUUGGAAGCCGGACGGGGAGGGGAGACGGGUGAAGAUGUCGGGAAUAUCGUACAAGAGGUCCUUAGAGAUGAGGAUCGGUUCCUGGACGAAGCAGAACGAGGCAAAGCAGCAAACACACGGAAGUCGGCCUUCUCCGUGACCUCCACACAUCCUCAGUUGGGUCUCGAAGGUCAGGCGCAGUCAUUGACCUUUGACCUCAACAUAUCCAACAAGGGCGAAGACUUCAACUUCGGCAACAACUCCUUCGUCUGCCGAAUCCCCGGGUUCUACUUCUUCACAUUCACGUUACGUACUUAUAGCAAUCGUAUCCUCGGCGUGGCUCUGAUGAAGAACGACGAGUUGCAAGUCUCGAUUAACACUGACGAAGCAGUGCGGAGCAUCAGCAGCACUCAGAGCACGCUUCUUCGGUUGUCAGCCGGUGACAGCGUGUGGCUCCGUAUGCCUGCAUCUGUAAACUACGGCGUCUAUAGCGACCAUCUUCAUUACACGACCUUCAGUGGAUUUCUAGUGUUCAGCACCACCUCGUAAGAGCAACAUAUCGCAACUCAUCGUAAACGGAAAGGGUUUACGUGCUCAAAUAAUCGCAGAUAUCUCCCGAUUAAAUCACAAUGGUCGUAAAACUAGGUUUCAUCUUCGGCCAUCUUUUUCUCUGAUGAGCCCUCUUUAAUCUCAAGCGUCAUUUUCGAGACUCUCUCAGCUCAGUUCACUCUCAAUCAAUUUAACCCCUCUGUUAGAUCAUACAGUGAUUCUGAAAACAAAUCGACGUGAUAAUAGCGCAAGGGAACCAGUGAAGCCAUAAUUGUGCUCUGACUGUUAUAAACUGAUCUUCUGUUAUGAUGAUGACCGGGAACCAGCCAAGUUCGCUUUACAGGGUGUUGCGCUACAGCGCCCCCCCCCCCCCCCAACUUUAACCCUCAGAGCCGAUAGGCGUUUGUGGAAUUAAUAAAAAUGCAGCUCUCUGCACAGGAAAGGCAAACCCAUAAAUGCCGCAUGUCCGUCCGUGAGAUAUCCACGCUGCAAACAUUUAAGUAGACUAAUUUUAUUCAAAUUAUAUUUUAAUGAUUCUAAUUGCAUGAUAUUCCAUUGAAUUUAGCUAAUAAAAGGGAAGAAACAGUUUUAAUACUCAGAAAUGAUGA